GAAUGUCUUAGAAUGGUAGUCAGAUUAAAGAGUAAUACUAAUUGUUUCUGUGAAUUAUGUCACUCUUAAUUUCUAUCUCAAAUAGAGUCCUGAGGACACAUCCUUUGACGUGGUUAAUGGUGUUGGGCAACCGCCGCCGGUGGGGGUAAUACCAGUGAGUCUACAGGUGUUCUUUAAAUGUGGCUAUCAGUGACCACAACUGAACAGUCUCCAAGUUACAACAGCUCAUCGGACACUUGAUAUCACACCUUGUCUGAAAUGAUUUCAGUGUUAAAGACGAUCCUAUUGCUUUCGGCGCUUUGCUUAGGUGCGUUUGCGACGACGAUGACGGACGAGGAGGUAACAGUAACUGCAUCGGCGUCUAUCGUCGAAGCACCGAUUCUAAAGUGUAGAAAGAAUUGCGAAAUUCGUCUAGACGAUGGGGAGUGCAAAGUUGAUAUUACAUGUCUUAUGAAAACCCUGUUCGGGAAGACAUCGCUACCGGAGGCAUCGUUCUCUGUUCUGCACGAAGAGGGAGUUGAAAAGGAAGAAGACAGCAGCGGACCAGAGACCAAAGGGAAGUGCCGAGGAAAAUGUCUGUUCACAGAUGAACAGGGAAAUUGCCGCCUGGAUCUUAUAUGCGUGCUGGACAGAGACGUCGAAGGGACGCUGCGUUUUCUGGUCGAUCUGAACGUCGAUCCUGAAACAGCAAUUCUUUUAGCGCUCGGUGCCGAAUCGAGACAAAAGACAGGUGGCUACUGCGAUGGAGGCCCUGAUGACGAAUAUGCUAGAAUUGCUUGGCCACCCUGUGAUGACCCUUGCGAGGAUAGAAGCGCUGAUGGGCGUUGCAUCAAAGAUGAAGAUUGCUCUGUAGGACCUGAUGGUUGGAUCCACCGUACCGUGCGCGUGACCAAACCAAAAAUCAAGGUUGGCACAGAAGAACGAGUAGUCAUAGCUCCUCCAAGGUCAUGUCCUGGAAAAUGCGAAGUUCGAGACCCUAAAGCAGGGAAGUGUGUAGUUGAUUACAAUUGUGCAGGUGCCAGUCCUUAACAGGUUUAACUAUUGUAUGUACUGAGGUUGGAACAGGCUGAUUGGGGGCAUUUUAUUUAUUCAAAAUCAAAUAAAAGCUUUAUUCGUAUGGUAUGUAGUUCAUAUCUCUGCGUACCAUUCUUGGUGCAUUGUUGAGCAAAAUCCACCGCGGUGUAAGUUCAGUGGGUGAUAAAAAUUCAUUUGCAUAAUAGCCUCUCUGUCUGUCCAUAUGCAUAAUAAAAAGACUUUUGAUGGAUUUCUGAGUUACUGUGGAGAGCGGCAAAUAAAAGAAGGGUUUUUAAUCUUUUUUCUAUACUCUGUGUUCUGUACAACUGCUUUGCUAUUUUGGUAAUCAUGAGUAAUAAAAACUUAAAAAAGA